AAAAUCACAGAAGAAGAAGAAGAAGAACAUUCAGCGGAGUCUCCGUUAAAACAGAUUCAAUAAAAGUCAGGCCAGCUGUGGCCACCACCUUGCUGCUGCUUCCCCGAUGCUGGCUUAUGCUCGCCACGUUCUCCGUCCCUGUUCCUUCGCACUUGCUUUAUCCAAACGUUCUGCCCAUUUAAUGGCAGCUGAUGCUGACCGGCCUAUCGAGGCCUCCAUCCGCUCUAAACUCACUCAGGCUUUUGAACCCGAGUACCUGGAGGUGCUGAACGAGAGCCACAUGCAUGCUGUGCCGCCGGGCUCAGAGUCUCAUUUCAGGGUGCUGGUGGUAAGCUCUCGUUUUGAUGGUCAGUCCCUGUUGCAACGCCACCGCCUGGUCAAUGAGGCCUUGAGCCAUGAACUAAGUACCAGUGUUCAUGCCCUUGCCAUCCAGGCCAAGACGCCACAGCAGUGGAGCAGCAACCCCACACUGGCCAAGAGCCCGCCGUGCCUAGGAGGCUCAAAACAUGACAGCACCAUGGCUGAAAAGCUCAAAGCUGGGAUCGACUGAAGUUGAAAAAACAUUAUUUUAAAAGUGUGGUAGAGAAAAUGUUUGUGUUGCUUGAGCAUUAACUGUUUGCAGUGCACAGGAAUGGAAUUACAUUAGUUAUUCUGAAUUAAUCAAAAAUAUUAUUUGAUUGCAUCUGUGAUUAUGAAGUAUAGUAGUAUAAAUGUUUGUAUUUGUAAGUUGAUAUACAACUUGAGUUAAAGUGAUAUUUAAAACAUUAAAAGUGCAGUAAGCUCA